UUUCCUUUAGAUCGAUGGCUAAAGGUGAAUUACUCUCCAGUGUGUUUUGGAGCGAGAGGAGACCACUUUGGCAGAUUUUAUGCUCCAUCAAGUGGAAAGUUGGCCGCCAUAAAGCUGGUUCACCUGUACGGCUACGUGUCCUGUGCCACUUCCUUAGGGAGGUCCAGCUUCUCGUACUGGGGCUGUGGCUACCUCAAACAUCCGCAUUCUUGGGUAAACGAACUAGUGAAUGUGGUCAUAGCAACCUCAGUCAAUCACAUUCUUUUCCCACCCAGUCAGUUUGUCAUCACCAAUGAAAAGUGGUCCAAGAUUCCAGGCUAUACUUCGUUAUCUCCCGCUCUUGUUCUUUCAGCUUAUGCCCAUCCUCACUCGGUCAGUUCCGGUCAAGAGUUACGCUUAUGGUUCGGAGAGGAUUUUGUGAACAGGUCCGAAGGAGACAACGGAGGAAGAGCUUGCUGUGAUGUUUAUGUUGUCUAUGUCUAA